AUUGCCUUUUUCACUUGUGCACAUACAGUCAUCUUCUCUCUCCCCUUGCAAAUCGAUCAUGGCGCAUUCCAACUUUUCCCUCUGCUUCGUCGUUGUCUUCCUGCAAUUUUGUGUGAUUCUGGUCCAAGUGGCUGGUGGAAGUGAGGAAAUCAUUUAUGAAGACGGCUACACAGUCACCACACUCAUCAAUGGUGACAAGUCUAACAUCAAAGUCAAUCCUCAGUCCAUCCUGCAUCAAUCUCCGCCGUCCGAUCUCUUCAUCAUUCUCGACUCCGUUGCCAGCACUUUCUACACCGCAUUGCUGCCUACAACCUCAACCUCCAAUGAGACUGUGAUGAAGAAGCUGGCAGGAAAUGAAGUGUUUGGGUAUGUGGAUGGUGACUUGGCUUCAGCAAAGUUCAAUAAGCCAAAGAGUUUUGCCGUUGAUCUCAGCGGGAAUUUAUAUGUUGCUGACCAUCGUAACUAUGCCAUUCGGAAGAUCACCAAAUCAGGUGUGACCACGAUCGCUGGAGGUUAUUCACAAAAGGCUGGCCAUGCUGAUGGACCUGCUCGUGAUGCAUCAUUUUCUGAUAAUUUUGAGUUGGCCUUUAUCGCUGAAAUGUGUGCUUUGCUGAUAUCUGACCAUGGCAACAGAUUAGUUCGUCAAAUAAGUUUGAGACCAGAAGAUUGUAGCAGGCAGUCUGGCUCUGUUCUGGGAACCACCUCUGCCUGGCUUCUUGGUAUGGGACUCUGCAGCGUGAUCAGCCUUGCUGUUGGCCUUGUCAUCCGCCCAUAUGUUAUUCCAUAUACAGGAAGGCGUCAGACGUUAUCAGCUCCCUUGGACAUGGACACAUUGCCAAAUGAGUCUGGAGAGACAAGUACUGAUGCUCUGCUCAGACUUGAGAAGCGCAGUUGUUAAAUCUACAGUAUAUUUGCGCGGUCAAUAGAUCAUUUUGCUCACCCUCUCGCACUUAUCCCUCAUGUUUAGGUGUAUGCCAUUAGAGUCUCGUUCUAGUUCUGGAAAAAAAGUGUCUUUGUUGGACAUGGAUGAAGUAUGUAGUAGUAGUAGCAGUAGCAGUAGUAGUAGUAAUGCAGUCAUCUCACAGCAGGUGGCAGAUCAACUGAAAGAUCUGCUCACUUUUGACAAAGGGCUUUUGAUGGCACCCGUGAAUACCGAUGAAACGGCAGAGCCAGAAAGCAAGCAUGAGCGCCAAACGAUUGAUGGUAUGAUUAAGGCAAACCUAGCUAGUUUUGAAGGCGAAGCUCUUAAAGUCGACUCCUUUGACAGCCGGUUGGGAUUGGUGAGGCGAAGAUGAAGUAUAUGUCAUCCACGCUAUGUGUCCUCUUUGUUGUCGUAUUAAGUAUUGUAAGUAUGAUAUAACCAGACAAUGCUUGUUUCUAUAGCAGCAAAUGCUUCAAAUGCAUUAUGGCAGCUCUAUGCUUAUUUUGGUA